AUGCUUGCUCACUUGAAAUUGCAGCAACUAAUAUAUGAGGGUGACUUCACAAGUGCCUCUGUGGUUCGCGAUGUCUCCGUCAAUGCCUCCAGCUCGCAGCUGCAAUCUAUUGGAGCGGCAGCUACCUUCCCCGAUGGUUACUGGCUUAAUGAUAUGUCUGGAAAAGGCAUUGCCGCAUUCAACGCCAAUCCAAGUGGAUACAAGGUCUUUCGUAACGUGAAAGACUAUGGCGCAAAGGGUAAAGCCAUUUCCGAUGGGAACCGCUGCGGUCCCUGGGUCUGCGAUUCGUCCACUGACACCCCAGCCGUUGUUUACAUCCCAUCUGGCACCUACCUUAUUAACAAACCUAUCAUCUUCUACUAUAUGACGCAGCUCAUUGGCGAUCCACGAACCCGUCCCGUUCUCAAGGCCGCCCCAACUCUCGAUGCUCUUGCUCUCAUCGAUGCCAGCCCAUACAGCAACCAGGAUGGCUCACCUGGGUGGACAUCCACCAAUAUCUUUCUGCGACAAAUCCGAAACAUUGAAAUCGAUGGAACUGCUGUUGCCCCGACCAAAGGUUUCCAAGGUAUUCAUUGGCCAGCUUCUCAAGCGACAACCAUCCAGAAUGUCAAGAUUCGCAUGACGCAAUCUGAUGCUUCUGGACAUGCCGGCAUCUUUGUUGAGAAUGGUUCCGGAGGUCACAUGGCCGACCUCGAAAUUGAGGGUGGUAAGUACGGCUUGAACAUCGGCAACCAGCAGUUCACUUUGCGCAACAUCAAGAUCUCCAAGGCUCAGAUUGGUAUUUCCCAGAUCUGGGAUUGGGGUUGGUUAUACUCUGGUCUCGAUAUCAGCGAUUGCAAGGUUGCAUUCUCCAUGAUCAAUGGCUAUGAUGUUGGUAAACUUCAGAUCGGGUCUGUUGUCAUCAUCGACAGCAAGAUCACGAAUUGCCCGGUCUUCAUGGACACAGUAAGUUUCACUGACAAUUCUCAGACCUGGAAACGCGACACUCUGCCUAUCGGUGCGGGCCAACUGAUCAUGGAGAACAUCCAGCUUAACAAUGUCCCGGUCGCUAUCACAGGUUAUGGUGAGACAAUACUUCCCGGCGGUACCACCACUAUUCAGAGCUGGGGUCAGGGCAACAAGUACUCCCCCAACGGGCCAGAGAAAUUUCAGGGACCUUUCACUGCUGCUGGUCGACCACAAAGCCUUCUUGACAACGGAAAGUACUACUCCAAAUCUAAGCCGCAAUAUGAGAACCUUGGUACUGGUAGCUUCUUGAGCGCUCGCGGUGCUGGUGCCACUGGCAACGGUUACAGCGACGACACACAAGCUAUCCAGAACGCGCUCACUGUGGCCGCCCAGCAAAACAAAGUCCUGUUCUUUGAUUCAGGUGUAUACAAGGUGACCAACACCAUCUACGUUCCACCAGGCUCCAGAAUGGUCGGCGAGACCUUCUCAGCGAUCAUGGCAGCCGGCAGUAUCUUCGGAAACAAAGACAGCCCCGUACCCGUCAUCCAGAUUGGCAAGCCCGGCGAGAGCGGCUCCAUCGAAUGGUCCGACAUGCUCGUCCAGACCCAAGGCGCCACCCCCGGCGCCAAACUUAUCGAAUACAACCUCAACACCGCUCGCGGCUCUGGCAUCUGGGAUGUACACACGCGCAUCGGCGGCUCCAAAGGCACCGCGCUACAAAUCGCCGAAUGCCCCAAAUACUCGGUCAACCAAAACUGCAUGGCCGCACAUACAAACGUGCACAUCACCAAAUCCUCCUCGGGCGCGUACUUUGAGAACAACUGGUUCUGGACGGCUGACCACGACCUCGACGACCGGACCAGCACACAGAUCUCCGUCUUCACGGGCCGCGGCAUGCAUGUUGAGGGCCAGAAUGUGUUUCUCUGGGCCAGCGGUGUUGAGCAUCAUGCGCUGUACCAGUACCAAUUCAACAACGCGCAGAACAUCUUCGCCGGCUUCAUCCAGACCGAGACACCCUACUACAUGCCCUCGCCCGACGCGAAGAACCAGCCCUACGGUCGCUCCGACGCCUUCGCCGACCCGGACUACAACGCCGCGUGCCCGCCCGGCGGCAUCUGCGACGCGUACGGGCUGCGCGUGCUCAACGCGAAGAACGUGAUGAUCUACGGCGGCGGCUUGUACUCGUUCUUCAAGAACUACGACGUUUCGUGUAGUUCGCCCGACGCGCCCAAUGGGGCGCGCUUGUGCCAGAAUCAGAUCUUCAGCAUCGAGGGCGACUCGAGCGUGCAGUGGUUUGGGCUGAAUCAGGUGGGCGCGGAGCAGAUGGUUACGAUUGAUCGGCAGGACAAGGCGAAGUGGUCGGAUAACCUGAGUGUGUAUCCGAACACGAUUGGGUGGUUUACGUACAGCAAGUAG